AUGAAUUUGGAGAUUUAUGUGGCGCUAUCCGAGUUAGCCAUGCUGCCACGUGGAGUGCCGCAUAGUGAGAAGACGCUCAUGUGCCGGGCGGAGAAGGUCUGUGCGUCGCGACUCCGUGAGUUCCACUCAGAGCGGCUUUUUAACCUGGGCGGAAGACUACUUGACGGAGACCACAAGGAACACUGCGAAGUGGACUACGCGCACCUCUAUUUUUACGGCGACUGGGCUCUCGCGGCUUCCUUUAUUGAGGAAGGUGAUAUCGUUAUCUUAAAGAGAUUUAUUCUCCAUGAUACCCCGCGCAUUGGGGGAGACGAGGCUGAGUUCCCUUUUUUUAUUACGCCAAUCAAAACUUCCUCAACACUGCGGGUGUUGCAAAACGGGCUACAGAACGAUGUCAUGGAGGUAAUGGUGGGGGCAGACAGGCUUGAUUUGCCCUGCGUGCGUGUCCUGCCAAAGACGCUGCGUGCCCCUUUCAUUGCAAACGACAUGGUUUAG